CAGACAGGCCGGCCGAGCUCUGCCCAGACGGGAACUCCCUGUGAGCAGGGACGCGCCCCGAGAUCGCCCAGGAGCCGCGCGGCCUGCAGCGGCCGGGCUGGAGAACCGGCGCCGCCGCCUCCCCGGGCGUUUGCAGGGAGACGCCUCGCGACGAACGCGAGGCUUCCCCGGGCCUUUUAAACGAGUGACACGAUUGAAGCGCAGUUCACGGGAAACGCGGCUGUUGUGAGCGGACGCGGGAGUUCUGAGAAUCCUCAGCAGCAGGAGCCCCUGCCCCGCGGGGUGCGGGCCGGUCCCCCAGAAAGCGCGGCCGUCCGGGUCUGUUUUUGAGGGUCGGUCGCCAGGUGGUUGUGUAGUUAGUGGAAUCGGCGGAGGUUUUUGUUUGCCUGGCCCAGCGCCGUCCCGAGUGCCGUGUGCUGCACACAACUUCGCACAACUCAGCGGCCGCGGCUCCCGUGGCCUUUAGGGAGAGGCCCGGCGCGUGGUCGGCUUCUCCCUGGGCGGGCGGUGGGAAGAGGGAAGCGGCCGUCUUGUGGGCAGCAGCCUUCCCUGCUUUUGGCCCGCAGAGCUCUUCAGGAUGUACUUAAGGGAAUUAUUCCUUGAGAAGCGACGUGUGUGCCCCCGCGGAUCCCUCCCGGUGGAAAUGCGUGUCCCAGCACGGACAGAACCGGCCCAGGGGGGAAGCGGGGAAACAGGGAAGGGCGUGGGUCGCCCUGCGCUGCCGAGGGUCUACUCUCCCCGGGUCCCGGUUCCGUGUCGAGAGCUGCUGUGGCCGUGAAGCCUUCGGUUCAGUCCUCCCCUUGUAGAAAGUGUUGAGAUAAAGAGCUUCGCGGCUCCCUGGGAGAGAGUGGGUUUCCGGGGGCUGCUUGUCGUUAGGGCGACUCAGGACUUUGCUGUCGAGGGGAAAAUUACAGGUUCGUUUCUGAUCUGGUGAGUAACCAACUGUUGCUUCUGCCCCACCUCAGUAAUGACGCGUGUCGCCGUCCCGGGUGCACUGGGGUAGCUCUCUGCAGGCUGUGGUGUCACCUCUGCAGGGCUCCCAGGGCCGGCUGGGCUGUACUGACAGCUCUCCAGGAAUCCAGGGUUGAGUGGGUACCUGGAGGCCCUGGAGAUGCAAGGGGGCUGAGGUUUGGCUGACCACAUUUUCUCUCCUGUCCUCUCCGUAGGUAAUUGCAAUCUAGUUUCAACAUACAAUGAGGAUUUCUGUCUGAUACAGAGAAGGAUACACAGUGGCUGAAGGGUCUGUCUUAAGAAGUGCCCUUGAAGUCGGCUGGGAUUUCCUUUCGGGACUCACAGAGGGAAGCCUGCUCCCUGAGGGCUUUUUCUGAGGCCCAGUAGAUCUAGGCCCAGGGUAAUCAUUACCAAAUGAGGAGGAAAGGACGAUGUCAUCGAGGCUCUGCAGCGAGGCAUCCUUCCUCCCCGUGCAGUGUUAAACACUCCCCCACGCGAGAAACGCUGACCUACGCUCAAGCUCAAAGGAUGGUAGAGAUAGAAAUUGAAGGGCGCUUGCACAGGAUCAGUAUUUUUGAUCCCCUGGAGAUCAUAUUAGAAGAUGACCUCACGGCUCAAGAGAUGAGUGAAUGCAACAGCAAUAAGGAAAACAGCGAGCGGCCCCCUGUCUGCUUAAGAACUAAGCGUCACAAAAACAACAGAGUCAAAAAGAAAAAUGAAGCCCUCCCCAGCGCCCACGGCAUGCCGGCCUCGGCCAGCGCCCUUCCAGAGCCCAAGGUGCGCAUCGUGGAGUACAGCCCUCCGUCCGCCCCCAGGAGGCCUCCGGUGUACUACAAGUUCAUCGAGAAGUCAGCCGAGGAACUGGACAACGAGGUGGAGUACGACAUGGACGAGGAAGACUACGCCUGGCUGGAGAUCGUCAACGAGAAGCGCAAGGGCGACUGCGUCCCCGCCGUGUCGCAGAGCAUGUUUGAGUUCCUGAUGGACCGCUUCGAGAAGGAGUCGCACUGCGAGAACCAGAAGCAGGGCGAGCAGCAGUCUCUGAUCGAUGAGGACGCCGUGUGCUGCAUCUGCAUGGACGGGGAGUGCCAGAACAGCAACGUGAUCCUCUUCUGCGACAUGUGCAACCUGGCCGUGCACCAGGAGUGCUACGGGGUGCCCUACAUCCCCGAGGGCCAGUGGCUCUGCCGCCACUGCCUGCAGUCCCGGGCCCGGCCCGCCGACUGUGUGCUGUGCCCCAACAAGGGUGGUGCCUUCAAAAAGACAGAUGACGACCGCUGGGGUCACGUGGUGUGUGCCCUGUGGAUCCCAGAGGUCGGCUUUGCCAACACGGUGUUCAUCGAGCCCAUUGACGGGGUGAGGAACAUUCCCCCAGCCCGGUGGAAACUGACAUGCUACCUCUGUAAGCAGAAGGGCGUGGGUGCCUGCAUCCAGUGCCACAAAGCAAACUGCUACACAGCAUUCCAUGUGACGUGUGCCCAGAAGGCUGGCCUGUACAUGAAAAUGGAGCCCGUGAAGGAACUGACUGGUGGUGGCACCACCUUCUCCGUCAGAAAGACCGCUUACUGUGAUGUCCACACACCUCCAGGCUGCACCCGGAGGCCUCUGAAUAUUUACGGGGAUGUCGAAAUGAAAAAUGGCGUCUGUCGAAAAGACAGCUCGGUCAAAACGGUCAGGUCCACAUCCAAGGUCAGGAAGAAGGCAAAAAAGGCUAAGAAGGCUCUGGCUGAGCCCUGCGCGGUCCUGCCGACUGUGUGCGCUCCUUACAUACCCCCGCAGAGGUUCAUCAGCAUGCAAAAUAGAAAGUGUCUUAAAAGAGACUGUGAUCAGCAGGCAGACAGCCUGUGUUGGUUUGUUUCCUCUGACUGCUUCAGAUCUUCUAGGGGAGCUCCUCUACUAAGAGAGCCUGAACUUCUGACCUCAUGGACAGGAACCUCAGAUAGGCAAGGCUUUCUGAAGGUGCUCCUGCUACCUUCAUUCAAAGAGAAGCCUCUGGGUUUGACUGAUGGAAGUGUUCGCUGUUCUCAGAGAGAAAACGAUGAGGAGAUGAAGGCUGCCAAAGAGAAGCUGAAGUACUGGCAGCGGCUGCGGCACGACCUGGAGCGCGCCCGCCUGCUGAUCGAGCUGCUGCGCAAGCGGGAGAAGCUCAAGCGUGAGCAGGUGGGGCUGGGCCCAUCCCGCAUGGAGUGCACCACUGGCCAUGGGGUGUGGGUAGGACCAUCCUGCAUGGAGUGCACCACUGGCCAUGGGGUGUGGGUGGGUCUGUCCCGCAUGGAGUGCACCUCUGGCCAAUGGCUGGGGCUCGCAUGGGCCAAUCGGGUGAAGUGGAGCAGGGUUGCCAUGGGCUGGCGGCUGACCCGUCCCAGCCUGCGGUGCUGCUUGGCGUUCGAGUUGCCUGCGCACCAGCGUGCCGGACAGGACCCUGCCAGGUAUUUGCGGCGGCCGCUGUGAGGUCUGAAGGAGGUACCAGAUUAUUUGGAUCACAUUAAACAGCCCAUGGACUUUGCCACGAUGAGGAAACGGUUAGAAGCUCAAGGGUAUAAAAACCUCCAUGAGUUUGAGGAGGAUUUUGAUCUCAUUAUAGAUAACUGCAUGAAGUACAAUGCCAGGGACACCGUGUUCUAUAGAGCCGCGGUGAGGCUGCGUGAUCAGGGAGGUGUUGUUCUGAGGCAGGCCCGGCGCGAGGUGGACAGCAUCGGCUUGGAGGAGGCCUCGGGGAUGCACCUGGCUGAGCGGCCUGCUGUGGCGCCGCGGCGGCCUUUCUCCUGGGAAGACGGUAAGAACUGGCGCUGUGUCCGGAGGAGCUGGAAGACGCUCUUUCUAGCAGACUCUGUCCUGCUCUGUGUUGCCAGCUCCAUAUCAGCACGGUCCGGGAGGACUUGCACGCAACCGCAUACAUCAUUUACAUUUUCUAGUAGCCUCACUGGAAAAUGGAAAAAAAGCAGGUGGAAUUUAUUUUAUUUUGGUGGGCUUCACAUUUAUAGUAAGUUUUAUAAUAGAUUUUAUAAUCUUCAGUUUUCAAAAAUCACUUUAUUUAUAAUUUUUUCAGGAGAUAACUCUCCCCCUAAACUUGAACCAUCAGAUGCAUUACCUCUUCCUUCAAACUCGGAGACUAAUUCAGAACCACCAACCCUCAAACCAGUAGAACUCAACCCAGAGCAGAGUAAACUUUUCAAAAGAGUCACAUUUGAUAAUGAAUCACAUAGCGCUUGCACUCAGAGCGCACUGGUAAGCGGACGCCCUCCAGAGCCCACCCGCGCCAGUAGUGGCGAUGUGCCGGCGGCGGCGGCCUCCGCGGUGGCGGAGCCAGCAAGCGAUGUAAACAGACGCACUUCUGUUCUCUUCUGCAAAUCGAAAAGUGUAAGCCCCCCAAAGUCUGCCAAGAACACUGAAACCCAGCCAACUUCUCCUCAGCUAGGGACCAAAACCUUUUUGUCUGUAGUCCUUCCGAGGUUGGAGACUCUUCUGCAGCCAAGGAAAAGGUCGCGGAGCACAUGCGGAGACUCCGAGGUGGAGGAGGAGUCCCCAGGAAAGCGCCUGGAUGCAGGUCUCACCAACGGCUUUGGGGGUACGAGGAGCGAGCAGGAGCCAGGCGGCGGCCUGGGGAGGAAAGCCACACCCCGACGACGCUGCGCCUCCGAGUCCAGCAUCUCCUCCAGCAACAGCCCGCUCUGCGACUCGAGCUUUAGUGUGCCCAAAUGUGGGCGGGGCAAACCGGCUCUUGUGCGAAGGCACACGCUGGAGGACCGCAGUGAGCUGAUCUCCUGCAUCGAGAACGGGAACUACGCCAAAGCGGCCAGGAUCGCAGCCGAAGUUGGCCAGAACAGCAUGUGGAUCUCCACCGAUGCUGCCGCCUCAGUGCUGGAGCCCCUGAAGGUGGUGUGGGCCAAGUGCAGCGGCUACCCCUCCUACCCAGCACUGAUCAUUGACCCCAAGAUGCCGCGUGUGCCUGGCCACCACAACGGCGUCACCAUCCCAGCCCCACCCCUAGAUGUGCUGAAGAUUGGGGAGCACAUGCAGACCAAGUCCGAUGAGAAGCUGUUCCUCGUUCUCUUUUUUGAUAAUAAGAGAAGUUGGCAGUGGCUUCCUAAGUCCAAAAUGGUUCCCCUUGGUAUUGACGAAACUAUAGACAAGUUAAAGAUGAUGGAAGGGAGGAACUCCAGCAUCCGGAAGGCCGUGCGGAUUGCUUUUGACCGCGCUAUGAACCACCUGAGCCGCGUCCACGGGGAGCCGACCAGCGACCUCAGUGACAUUGACUGACGGCCCGGCUGCCAGUGCGGGUCUUGUCCAUAGUGUUGAUAAGCUGUACAUGUUUGUAUAUUGUUCAAAACUUAACUUAUUCUGGUUUUUAGUUGUAGCUCUUUAAUUCUUUUUCCCCAGGGAGGGGGAGGUUUUAUUUCCACGUUUUCUAGGAACCCAUCUCCGUCUGGGCGCUGUGAGUGGGGUGGGCGCGUCCGGGCAGCGCAGUGCGUCUGUCACACGACCCCGGGCCGUGCUGCUGGCGUCACUGUCUUUGACAUGUAGCUUUUUCUUAAAGACUUUUGAAUGUUUAAUAAUUUUGUAAGUCAUCCUCUUUACACAGAGUACCACUUAUUUAAUAAGACGGGAUGUAAAUUUACAAUGACAAAUGUGUAUUUUAAGAAAGAAAAGGACAUUAUUUUGAAUGGUACUUUGUGGAAAGGGGAGAAUAAAGUUAUGCUGUGCACAUCACUUGCAGAUCACCAAAAACGCCCGCUGCCCGCGCCCGCUGUCCCGCCCGCCUCCACCCCGCAGGUGUGCCUCCCAGCGGAUUAUUUAUUGUAGAAAGUGUAUUCAUUUGCUUUAUAAUGAAAAAUACAUUUGCAAAGGUAUAUUGAUAUGCAUUUUUAUACAGGCACAUAAAAAUUCAACUCGGCUUGGGAGCAGAAUGCAUUGCGUUGUAUAAAUGACUCUGGCCUGUGUGUACUUUGAUUUUAUAACUUGUAAUCUUUUGUUUACAAUGAGGGGCUUUCUGUAACUUGUUUUAAUUUAGAACACUUUGGUAGCAAUAGAAACUUUGGAUACAUUUUUGUAUGGUACAUGUGAUGUAUAUAGAAUUAGUACUUUAUUUUUAUUUUUAAGAGGUAAAGCAUUAUGUUGGGGAAAGUAGGGUGGGUUUCCAAAUUUGCAUUUUUUAUAUUAAAAAUAAAGUCAAGAUUUGGACGGU